AUGAUCUUUCGUAUCUUGUGUUUAUUCACUCUUUUGCAGUUGGCGUUGUGUGAGCAACAAGUCUUGACCGAACAGUCCAACUUUGGUCUUUUGAGGAGAUUCAGUUCAGUGCAGGAGGCAUUGGAUGUCGCUCAGGCGCGUAAUCUGGACGUCUGGCACCAAACAAAAACAUUCGUAGACAUAUACUUUCCACCGGAUGAACUUCAUUUGCCAGACGAACUGAAGGUGCUUCCGCACAAUGAUACAUUGAUAUCUGCAAUACCACCCAGACGGAUGGGACUCGGAGGAUUUGCACCGUUUGCAAACAGCAGUUUUCACGAUGUCUAUCACCCUCUCGAUGAGCUAACAUCGUUCAUCCACGAAUUAGCAAACACCCAUCCGAACAUAACUCGUAUUACGAACCUAGGGACAAGUGCAGAGGGGCGGGAUGUUCUGGCAUUGACAAUCUCAACAGGGCCUUAUUCAAAGAAAAUGGAAUUAAAGAAGGGUGGAAAGAAGAAACGCCCCAGCGGUCCAGCUGGAGACAAGCUAGGGUUCGUGAUCGUUGGUGCUCAACAUGCUCGCGAGUGGAUUGCAACUGCUACAUCAGUUUAUCUUGCACAUGCAUUAGUUGCCGAUGCCUCCGAACCUCACUCGUUAUCGCCUCUGUUGACGCACUUCGACUUCCAUAUCGUUCCAGUGCCCAACCCAGACGGCUACGAAUUUACCUGGUCAACUGACCGAUUCUGGUACAAAAACCGACAAAUUUUAGGCCCGCAUGAGAAGUGUAUUGGCUUGGAUAUGAACCGCAACUGGGGCUAUAAAUGGAAGCGCGAAGCUCUUGAUAGGGGCCUCCAGGAAACGAAGCCGCGGGUGCCUACGAAUCCGUGUUCGCAUUGGUACCCCGGCACGCGAGCGUUCGAAGCUCCAGAAGUCAACAAUCUGGCGAAUUGGGUAGCCACUCUUCCGAAUGUUGUCGCGUUCAUCGAUCUGCGGAGCUACGGGCAGAUGUUGUCGUCACCGUACUCUUAUACCUGCAAGAAGCAGCCUAAGGACGCAGAGGACCAAGUUGAAGCCGCCCUAGGAGCUUCGCAAGCGCUCAAGUCCGUUCAUGGGACGCACUUCCAGACCGGAAAGCUUUGUUCAAUGCUGUAUGCUGCACCUGGAAAUAUCCUUGAUUGGAUGUACGCCCGCGUAGGAAUCAAAUAUUCAUACGUUGCGCAUCUGCGCGAUACAGGAACUUAUGGGUUCGCACUGCCAGAAAAAUGGAUCCGCCCAACAGGAGAAGAAACGGCUAGCUUGGUCGACUACCUCUCUAGGUUCAUUGCCAAGCAGGCGAAAAGUUCGUAA